CGUGUUUUAUUAGUAAUAACUUUUAAUCAUUUAGUUCUGAAUGGAGCUGACCAUUUCACGGGAUAAUUUGUUAAAGACGUUUUUUGUAAAGCGUUUGAUGAUAACAUGAAAAUCUUGGCACAAGUUCUGAAUAGAACAAUGCGAACUUUUAUCAGCUUGUCUGUGAUUGGUCGAAGUCGUAUCACGUGACGGAUGGUCAGUUUUGUUAUCAAGAUUUGAAAGCGAUGUUGGAGAUGAGAAAAUUUUGGUUCGGUCUGUUUUGAAGUGCCCGCCUUAGGUACAGGACCUCCCAAGAUUUUUGGAUCCUCAACUUGGGGAUUUUCACUAAUCCAAAAUGACAGUAGCAACCGGACAGCUGUUCGAGGAGGACGACGCCCCCGAGCCGAUUGUGCACAAGGCGCCCGAAGUAAAGCACAAGGUCAAGAUCUUCUGGCGUAAUGUGUUCACCCUCACCUACUUCCACAUCGCAUCCGUCUACGGAGUAUACCUCGCUCUCACCAACACCAGAUGGCAAACGUUCGCAUUCGUGGCUUUCCUGUACGUAAUCACAAAGAUUGGAAUCACAGCGGGAGUUCACAGACUAUGGACUCACCGUGCCUACAAGGCCAACUUCCCUCUUAGGGCACUUCUCAUGUUCUUCUUCACACUUUCAUUCGAGGGCAAAGUGUGGGUAUGGGCCAGGGACCACAGAGUUCACCACAAAUACCAGGAGACCGAUGCCGACCCUUACAACGCGGCUCGCGGCUUCUGGUUCGCGCACAUGACCUGGCUCCUCCAGAACAAACACCCCGAGGUCAUCCGCAAGGGAAAGGGUAUCGACAUCUCCGACCUCGAGGCUGACUGGCUUGUCAUGUUCCAGAAGAAAUACUACUGGCCCCUGGUUUACGUUAUCUGCCUGUUCAUGCCCACCUUCGUGCCCUGGUACUUCUGGGGUGAAGACCUCAUCACCGCCUGGCAUGUGGCCGUCUGUCUGCGUUACGUCAUCUCCUACCACGGCACCUGGCUGGUCAACAGUGUAGCACAUAUGUACGGCAACCGGCCUUAUGAAACCGCAAUUUUCGCCAGAGAAAACGCCCCCGUCUCCCUGAUCACCUUGGGCGAGGGCUGGCAUAACUACCACCACGCCUUCCCCUGGGACUACAAGGCGUCCGAGCUCGGCUUCUACACCUUCAACAUGACAACCGCCUUCAUCGACUUCUUCGCCAAGAUCGGAUGGGCCUACGACCUCAAGACCGUGCCCCAUCACGUGAUCAAGGCCCGUGCCCUGAGGGCUGGUGACGGUACCUACAAGGAGCCCGAGGUUUGGGGUUGGGACGACAAGGAUGUCCACCCUGAAGACAGGAAAAGCGCCACCAUUAUCAACGGAUCGGCCAAGAAGGAGUGAAAACAUAUCGAAACGUUCCUUCAAAGUUAGGAGUAGAACUAUCCUCAAAAACAUCUGAGAAAAAACAUACAACAUCUGAAAAAUAAUGGGAAAACCCUUCAACAUCUGAGGCGGAAAACCCUAGACCUAGAACAUCUGAAAAUAAAGACUGUUGAGUGGAAAUUUGUGUCGCAGACUUUUUGGACAAUCAAGGUUUACUAAAUCGUGGUUUAAAUCAGUAAAACCAUCGUUAUCAUUGUAAUAUAUAAUACCAAAAUGGUGAUAAACUACUGAAUAUCAUUGCAAUAUAUACUACCAAUGGUGAUAGCUACUGCAAGUCAUUGUAAUAUAUUACUAAUGGUGAUGAAUAUCCUUGCAAUGUACUACCAAUGGUGAUGAACUACUGAAUAUCAUUGCAAUAUAUACUACCAAUGGUGAUAAACUACUGCACAUCAUUGAAAUAUAUCACCAAUGGUGAUAAAGGCCUACUACUGAAUAUCGUUGUAAUGUAUUACCAAUGGUGAUAUACUACUAAUAUCAUUGAUGUCGUUGAUAUUAUCAUGGUAAUAUAUUAUGUAUGGUGAUAUAAAUAUACUACUAAAUAUCAAUGUGUGUAAAACACCUAGAGCUCACUUAUAAAUGGAAGUGAAGAUAGUCAAGAAAACUGACUAUAAAUUGAGAUUGAUAACUAAUUCAAUAUAAAUAAAUCAAGUUCUUUUAACAAAUCAAAUAGCUGAGAAAAAUAUUUCGUAAUUUCAAAAGUGAUGAUAAUUUUAGUUUUUUAAAAGACUUUCCACAUAUUACAUCAAAUGUAGUAAUAUUAAUUUAUUUUCCAAAGUACCGUACCGUAGUGAAAUCAACUACAGCUAAAAGCUCAAAGAUGAAAUAAUUAUUCUUGUUUGUUCUAUAUAUUUAAUUAAUUUAUCUUACUGAUUCUUUUUAUAUUUUUUCAUGGAGAAUAAGACAAUCCUAUUUCUGUUCUAUAGAAGUAUUCAACAUUUUUUUAUCAAUUUUUUUAUUGGUAAUGUAAAUACAAACUUAAAAUAUUA